AGACAGUAAGCAGCCAUCUAUAUAGUCCCGGGGGAGGGGAGCAGUGAUACUAUGAAAUAUCACUUAACUCCUUACACUCCAUGGGACGGGCGCUUUGGGUAUAAUGACCUGAACUGACAGCUGGAUCAUCAGACUUGCGGUCAGUUGGGGACAUGUGACCAUAAUAUAGAGGAUCUGCCCCGACAAGUAUUCACCUCAUCAUCCGAGAGCAAGAAGAUAAAUCAUGUGCAGGAAUAUCCCCUCAAAUGUCUCCAUAUAACAUCCUGGAAUUGUAUAGAAUUAAAUGUUUAUUCACAAUACAGGUUCCUAUAAGGUGUCAGGACGUGGCGGUCUAUUUCUCCAUGGAGGAGUGGGAGUAUGUAGAAGGACACAAGGAUCAGUACAAGGAUCAGGUGAUGAUGGAGGAUCAGCAGCCCCUCACAUCACCAGUCAGAUCCAGUAAGAGAACAGCACCAGAGAGGUGUCCCCGUCCUCUUGAUGAGCAGAAUAUGAAGUACAUUCCUACAGAGAAAGAUCUGGUCUAUAUUAAUGCUACAGACAUAAAGAAAGAAGAAGAGACAGAUGUGAGCAGUGAUGAGCAGUAUAAGGAGGACAUUGCUACAGGGAAAGAUCUCUUUUAUAUUAAUGCUACAGACAUAAAGGAAGUAGAAGAAGAGACAGAUGUGAGCGGUGAUGACCAGUAUAAGGAGGUCAUUUCUACAGGAAAAGAUCUGAUCUAUAUUAACACUACAGACAUAAAGGAAGAACAAGAGACAGAUGUGAGCGGUGAUGAGCAGUAUAAGGAGGACAUUCCUACUGAGAAAGGUCUGAUCUAUAUUAAUGCUACAGACAUAAAGGAAGAAGAACAAGAGACAGGUGUAAGUAGUGAUGAGCAGUAUAAGGAGGCCAUUUCUACAGGGAAAGAUCUGAUCUAUAAUAAUGCUACAUACAUAAAAGAAGAAGAAGAGACAGAUGUGAGCGGUAAUGAGCAGUAUAAGGUGGACAUUCCUACAGGGAAAGAUCUGAUCUAUAAUAAUGCUACAGACAUAAAGGAAGAAGAGACAGAUGUGAGCAGUAAUGCACAGUAUAAGGAGGACAUUCCUACAGGGAAAGAUCUGAUCUAUAUUAAUGCUCCAGACAUAAUAGUAAAAGCAGAAGAGACAGAUGUGAGCGGUGAUGAGCAGUUUAAGGACAUUUCUACAGGUAACCACCCGGAUUCUUGUAGCAGGAGAUCAGAGGAGAAUCUUAUAUCUUCAGAUUAUAAAGCAGAUGAUGAUAUCACACAAGAUACAUAUGAAGAACAUUCCAUUAUCCCAGAUACACCCUCAGCCCUUCACAGCCAAGAUCUGUCAUCUCAUCCUUAUAUACAGGUCCUGUCUUCUCAGUCAUCACAGGAUGUUCAGCAAAAUAAAAGUCACAAAAGGGGUGUUGGACAUCAACAAGAUCACACAGGAAAAAAAACAUAUUCAUGCUCAGAAUGUGGGAAAUAUUUUACAUUUAAAUCAGUUCUUGUACAUCAAAGAACUCAGACAGGAGAGAAGCCAUUUUCGUGUUCAGAAUGUGAAAAAAUUUUUAAGCGGAAAUCACAUCUUGUUCAACAUGAAAGAACUCACACAGGGGAAAAAACAUUUUCAUGUUCAGAAUGUGGGAAAUCUUUUGCUCAGAAAUCAAUUCUUGUUCAACAUCAAAGAACUCACACAGGGGAGAAGCCAUUUUCAUGUUCAGAAUGUGGGAAAUGUUUUACUCAGCAAUCAAGUCUUGUUUAUCAUGAACGAAUUCACACAGGAAAGAAGCCAUUUUCAUGUGUAGAAUGUGAGAAAUGUUUUACUAAGAAAUCAUAUCUUGUUGUUCAUCAAAGAACUCACACAGGAGAGAAGCCAUUUUCAUGUUCAGAAUGUAAAAAAUGUUUUAAUCGGAAAUCACAUCUUGUUCAACAUCAAAGAACUCACACAGGGGAAAAAACAUUUUCAUGUUCAGAAUGUGGAAAAUGUUGUACUAAGAAAUCAGAUCUUAUAACACAUCAAAGAACUCACACAGGGGAGAAGCCAUUUUCAUGUUCAGAAUGUGGGAAAUGUUUUACUCAGCAAUCAAGUCUUGUUAAUCAUGAACGAAUUCACACAGGAGAGAAGCCAUAUUCAUGUGUAGAAUGUGAGAAAUGUUUUACUAAGAAAUCAUAUCUUGUUGUACAUCAAAGAACUCACACAGGAGAAAAGCCAUUUUCCUGUUCAGAAUGUGGAAAAUGUUUUGCUCAGAAAUCAGAUCUGGUUAAACAUCAAAGAACUCACACAGGGGUGAAGCCCUUUUCAUGUGCAGAAUGUGGGAAAUGUUUUACUGAUCAAACAAGUCUUAUUCAACAUCAAAGAAAUCACACAGGAGAGAAGCCAUUUUCAUGUGUAGAAUGUGAGAAAUGUUUUAUUUGUAUUUCAAAUCUUCGUAAACAUCAGAAAACUCACACAGGGGAGAAGCCAUUUAGUGGACGCUGUUGGGCCCCUGUGUGUGAAGGAUGGGGAAGAACCCUGAGCCCAAUCCCGGGGCCCCCACCUCACUCCCUGAUACAUGAGGAAAUGGAUGAAAAGAAGAUCCUAGAACUCAUCAACAAGAUGAUGGAGCUGCUGACUGGAGAGGGUGAAGAUCCGAACAAUAUUAAUGUUCCAGAGUCAGAUGUGAGCGGUGAUGAGCAGUAUAAGGAGGACAUUCCUACAGGGAAAGAAAAUGCUACAGACGUAAAGGAAGAAAAAGAGACAGAUGUGAGCGGUGAUGAGCAGUAUAAGGAGGACAUUCCUACAGGGAAAGAAAAUGCUACAGACAUAAAGGAAGAAGAAGAGACAGAUGUGAGCGGUGAUGAGCAGUAUAAGGAGGAGAUUCCUACAGGGAAAGAAAAUGUUAUAGACGUAAAGGAAGAAGAAGAGACAGAUGUGAGCAGUGAUGAGCAGUAUAAGGAGGACAUUCCUACAAGUAACCUCUCCGAUUCUUGUACCAGGAGAUCAGAGGAGAAUCUUAUAUCUUCAGAUUAUAAAGCAGAUGAUGAUAUCACACAAGAUACAUAUGAAGAACAUUCCAUUAUCCCAGAUACACCCUCAGCCCUUCACAGCCAAGAUCUGUCAUCUCAUCCUUAUAUACAGGUCCUGUCUUCUCAGUCAUCACAGGAUGUUCAGCAAAAUAAAAGUCACAGAAGGGGUGUUGGACAUCAACGAGCUCAUACAGGAAAGAAACCAUAUUCAUGCUCAGAAUGUGGGAAAUGUUUUACCCAAAAAUCUAAUCUUGUUAGACAUAAGAGAAAUCACACAGGGGAGAAACCAUUUUCAUGUCCAGAAUGUGGAAAGUGUUUUACCCAUAAAUCAAAUCUUGUUAAACAUAAGAAAAUUCACACAGGAGAGAAGCCCUUUUCAUGUUUAGCAUGUGGUAAAUGUUUUACUCAGCAAUCACAUGUUGUUGUACAUCAGAAAACUCACACAGGAGAAAAGCCAUUUUCAUGUUCAGAAUGUGAGAAAUCUUUUGCUUGCAAAUCACAUCUUGUUCAGCAUCAAAAAAAUCACACAGGAGAGAAGCCAAUUCCAUGUUCAGAAUGUGGAAAAUGCUUUACUUGGAAAUCAGAUCUUGUUAAACAUCAGAGAACUCACACAGGGGAGAAGCCAUUUCCGUGUCCAGAAUGUGGAAAAUGCUUUACUCGGAAAUCGGAUAUUGUUAAACAUCAGAAAAUUCACACAGGGGUGAAGCCGUAUUCAUGUUCAGAAUGUGGCAAAUGUUUUACUCAAAAUUAUCAUCUUGCUGAACAUCAGAGAACUCACACAGGAGAGAAGCCAUUUCCGUGUUCAGAAUGUGGAAAAUGCUUUACCUGGAAAUCGGAUCUUGUUAAACAUCAGAAAACUCACACAGGGGAGAAGCCAUAUUCAUGUUCAGAAUGUGGGAAAUGUUUUACUCGGAAAGCAACUCUUAUACACCAAAGAGCUCACACUGGAAACUGUGAACAGAUAAGCAAGGAACGUGAAUUUGUGCAGACACUUUGCGAAAAUCUUUCAGAAUCUUUGGCGGCAAAGAAUCAAAUACAGAAGAACAAACACCGAGAACACGAAAAGAAAGACAAGAAGAUUCUCCUGGAUGACCCAUCAACCAUGGAGAGAGACAGGAAUAAGAUGGCCGACAGGAUCAUAAACCUCACCCUACAGAUACUCUUCCGUCUUACUGGAGAGGAUUACACAGUAGUGAAGAAGUCCUCUAGUGGGCGCUGUCGGGCCCCUGUGUGUGAAGGAUGGGGAAGAACCCUGAGCCCAAUCCCGGGGCCCCCACCUCACUCCCUGAUACAUGAGGAAAUGGAUGAACAGAAGAUCCGAGAACUCAUCAACAAGAUGAUGGUGCUGCUGACUGGAGAGGUUCCUAUAAGGUGUCAGGACGUGGCGGUCUAUUUCUCCAUGGAGGAGUGGGAGUAUGUAGAAGGACACAAGGAUCAGUACAAGGAUCAGGUCAUGAUGGAGGAUCAGCAGCCCCUCACAUCACCAGUCAGAUCCAGUAAGAGAACAGCACCAGAGAGGUGUCCCCGUCCUCUAUUUCCACAGGAUGAUCAGGGUGAAGAUCCGAACAAUAUUAAUGCUCCAGAGACAGAUGUGAGCUGUGAUGAGCAGUAUAAGGAGAACAUUCCUACAGGGGAAGAUCUGAUCUAUAUUAAUGCUACAGAUAUAAAGGAAGAACAAGAGACAGAUGUGAGCGGUGAUGAGCAGUAUAAGGAGGACAUUCAUACAGGGGAAGAUCUGAUCUAUAUUAAUGCUACAGACAUAAAGGAAGAACAAGAGACAGAUGUGAGCGGUGAUGAGCAGUAUAAGGAGGACAUUUCUACAGAGGAAGAUCUGAACUAUAUUAAUGCUAGAGACAUAGAGGUAGAAGAAGAGACAGAUGUGAGCGGUCAUAAGCAGUAUAAGGAGGACAUUCCUAUAGGGGAAGAUCUGAUCUGUAUUAAUGCUACAGUCAUUAAGGAAGAAGACGAGACAGUUGUGAGCGGUGAUGAGCAGUAUAAGGAGGACAUUCCUAUAGGGGAAGAUCUGAUCUGUAUUAAUGCUACAGUCAUUAAGGAAGAAGACGAGACAGAUGUGAGCAGUGAUGAGCAGUAUAAGGAGGACAUUCAUACAGGGGAAGAUCUGAUCUAUAUUAAUGCUACAGAUAUAAAGGAAGAACAAGAGACAGAUGUGAGCGGUGAUGAGCAGUAUAAGGAGGACAUUCAUACAGGGGAAGAUCUGAUCUAUAUUAAUGCUACAGACAUAAAGGAAGAACAAGAGACAGAUGUGAGCGGUGAUGAGCAGUAUAAGGAGGACAUUUCUACAGGGGAAGAUCUGAACUAUAUUAAUGCUAGAGACAUAGAGGUAGAAGAAGAGACAGAUGUGAGCGGUGAUAAGCAGUAUAAGGAGGAUAUUCCUACAAGUAACCGCCUUGAUUCUUGUAGCAGGAGAUCAGAGGAGAAUCUUAUAUCUUCAGAUUAUAAAGCAGAUGAUGAUAUCACACAAGAUACAUAUGAAGAACAUUCCAUUAUCCCAGAUACACCCUCAGCCCUUCACAGCCAAGAUCUGUCAUCUCAUCCUUAUAUACAGGUCCUGUCUUCUCACUCAUCACAGGAUGUUCAGCAAAAUAAAAGUCACCGAAGGGGUGUUGGACAUGAAAGAGAUCAUACAGGAAAGAAACCAUUUUCAUGUUCAGAAUGUGGGAAAUGUUCUACUAAGAAAUCAGAUCUUGUUAAACAUCAAAGAAUUCACACAGGGGAAAAGCCAUUCUCAUGUUCAGAAUGUGGGAAAUGUUUUACUCAGCAAUCGCAACUUGUUCAACAUAAAAGAACUCACACAGGGGAAAAGCCAUUUCCAUGUUUGGAAUGUGGAAAAUGUUUUGCUGAGAAAUCACAUCUUGUUCAACAUAAAAGAACUCACACAGGGGAAAAGCCAUUUUCAUGCUCAGAAUGUGGUAAAUGUUUUACUGAGAAAUCAAAUCUUGUUAAUCAUAAAAGAACUCACACAGGGGAGAAGCCAUUUUCAUGCUCAGAAUGUGGUAAAUGUUUUACUGAGAAAUCAAAUCUUGUUAAACAUCAAAGAACUCACACAGGGGAGAAGCCAUUUUCAUGCUCAGAAUGUGAGAAAUGUUUUACUGAGAAAGCAAGUCUUGUUAUACAUCAAAGAACUCACACAGGAAAGAAUCCAUUUUCAUGUUCAGAAUGUGGAAAAUCUUUUAAUUUUAAAUCAAGACUUGUUAAACAUAAAAGAACUCACACAGGGGAAAAAACAUUUUCAUGCUCAGAAUGUGGAAAAUGUUUUGUUAAGAAAUCAAGUCUUGUUAAACAUCAAAGAACUCACACAGGAGAGAAUCCAUUUUCAUGUUCAGAAUGUGGAAAAUCUUUUAAUUUUAAAUCAAGACUUGUAAACCAUAAAAGAACUCACACAGGGGAAAAACCAUUUUUAUGCUCAGAAUGUGGGAAAAGUUUCACAGAGAAAUCAAAUCUCGCUAAACAUCAAAGGAAACAUUUUCAUGUUCAGAAUAAAGCAAUCAAACUAGUUAAACAUCUAAAUACUCACACAGGAGAGGAGCCAUUUUCAUGUUCAGAAUAUAGGAAAUGUUUUAAUGAGAAAUCAACACUUAAAAGACAUCUUAGGGUAUGUUCACACUACGGAAUUCCCGCGGAAUUCCGCGGUGUGAAUUUAACAUUAGUGUGAAUGGGUCUCUGCAAGACCCGUUCACACUGCGGAAUUUUUUCCGCACAAAGAAAGAACAUGUUCAUUCUUUGCGCGGAAGUCCGUGAGUACUGCAUAGCCAUCAAUGGUGACGGCGCAGUGCCGCACGGUCCUACCACCGCCGUCGGCUGCCAGGCUUAAUCUCUGCUCGCGGAAUUCUGCGAGCGGAGAUUCCGUUCACACUCUGUAGUGUGAACAGACCCUAAGAAUUCACACAGGAGAGAAGAUAUUUUAGAGCACUAAAUGAUGCAGAUAACACAUUUAUAUUUUAACCCCUUGCAGCAGAAUGCUGUUUAUAAACGGUGCUGCGGCAAGGUUAUGAAUCUAGCUCAGGAACUGAGCUCGCAUCAUACCCGCACGGUCCCGGCUGCUAUCAGCAGCCAGGACCUGUGACUUAUGCCUGACAUCGCCGUUCAGGCAGAUGAUCGGCAUUUACUAUUUAGAUGUGGCGAUCAAAGUUGACCGCCACGUCUAAAGUCAAAGCUUCGUAGCGGCUCAGUCGAGCUGAUCGGGACCAUCGCGGUAAAAUCGCUAGAACGCACAAGGAGGAUCCCUACCUGCCUCCUCAGUGUCCGAUUGCCAAAAGACUGCUCCCUGCCUGAGAUCCAGGCAGGAGCAGUCAAGCGGCGAUAACAGUCAUCAAUGCUAUGCUAUGGCAUAGCAUUGAUCAGUGCCUGCUAUCAGUAUAAUGCAUGUUAUAGUCUCCUAUGGGAUAAUAAUGAUCAGUAUAAGAGAUCAGUGUGUGCAGUGUUAUAGCCCCCUAUGGGAUAACAAUGAUCAGUGUAAGAGAUCAGUGUGUGCAGUGUUAUAGCCUCCUAUGGGAUAACAAUGAUCAGUAUAAGAGAUGGGAGCUAUAACACUGCAAAAAAGUGAAAAAAAAAAAGUAAAGAUGUUUUAACCCCUCCCCUAAUAAGGUUUGAAUCACCUCCCUUUUCCCAUAAAAAAAAACUGUGUAAAUAAACAUAUGUGGUAUCGCCAUGUGCGUAAAUGUCAGAACUAUAAAAAUAUAUAGUUAAUUAAACCGCACGAUAAAUGGCUUACGCGAAAAAAAAAAAUUCCGAAAUAGCGUAUUUUUGGUCACUUUUUAUAAUAAACAUUUAUAAAAAGCGAUCAAAAAGUCCAAUCAAAACAAAAAUGGUACUGAUAAAAACUUCAGAUCACGACGCAAAAAAUUUGCCUCGUAUGUCGAAAAAUAAAAAAGUUAUAGGGGUCAGAAUUUGAAAAUUUUUAACGUAUACAUUUUCAUGCAUAAAGUUAUGAUUUUUUUGCAGAAGUACGACAAAAUCAAACCUAUAUAAGUAGGGGAUCAUUUUAAUUGUAUGGACCUAGAGAAUAAAAAUAAGGUAAUUUUUACCGAAAAAUGUACUACGUAGAAACUGAAGCACAAAAAAUUGUUUAUUUUUUUUCAAUUAAGUCCCACAAAUUGUUUUUUUUUUUUUUUCGUUUCGCCGUAUAUUUUUGGGUAAAAUGAUUGAUGUCAUUACAAAGUAGAAAUGGUACCGAUAAAAACUUCAGAUCACAACGCAAAAAAAUUAGCCCUCAAAAAUUUUAAACUUAUAAAUUUUCGUGCAUAAAGUUAUGAUUUUUUCCAGAAGUUAGACAAAAUCAAACCUAUAUGUACGGACCUACGGAAUAAAGAGAAGGUGUCAUUUCUACCGAAAAAUGUACUGUGUAGAAACGGAAGCCCCCAAAAGUUACAAAAUGGCGUUUUUUUGUUUCGCUGUAGAUUUUUGGGUAAAAUGACUGACGUCAUUACAAAGUAGAAUUAAUGGCGCAAAAAAAUAAGCCAUCAUAUGGAUUUUUAGGUGCACAAUUGAAAGAGUUAUGAUUUUUAAAAGGUAAGGAGGAAAAAACGAAAAUGCAAUAACAGAAAAACGCUCUGUCCUUAAGGGGUUAACCAUGUACAUAGGAUAGCUGACAUUUAUACAAAUAUACUGCAUCUCCAAACUUGUUACCAAUUGUUAAUAAAAGUUUUCUUUCUUAUACAGUAAUCCCUCAACAUACGAUGGGAAUUCGUUCCAAAUGAACCAUCGUUACUUGAAUCCAUCGUAUGUUGAGGGAUCUGUGCAAUAGUAAUAUAGAAAGUUAUAUUCACAUAUCCCCGCCGCUCCGGACCAUCACCGGUGCCCUGGAUCGUCGGUCUCCAUCGCCACCAUCACGUCCCCGGGGUGUCCUUGCUGCUCCGGACCAUCACCGCUGCCCUGGAUCGUCACUUUCCAUUGCCGUCAUCGCGUCACUGCGCUCGCCCCUCCUAUUGGAUGAUGGGACAGCGUGCGCGGCGACGUGAUGACAACAGAGAGCGACGGCCAUGCAGAUGGUCCGGAGCGCCGGGGACAGGUGAGUGACAGUCACCGGAGCACAUUGAUCGGCUAUCCGGUGGCAGCUGAAGCAGUCUGCGCUGCCAGAUAGCCGUUUAUGCAAUGGACCCAUCAUACAAAAGCAUCGUAUGUUGAUGCUGUCUCUGAGAGGCCAUCGUAUGUUGAAAAGUUUGUAUGUCGGGGCCAUCGUAGGUCGGGGGGUCACUAUAUUAUUUAUUAAUAAUAUAAGCCGCAUGUUAUAUAUGGUAACAUCUGAAGACAGGUUCCUAUUAAAUAAUUGUUUAGUUAAAGGGGUAUUUCUGUGCUCAAGCGUUCUUGAAUUUUGUUCAGAACGCUGGGAGCCGGUCGCCGUGAUGUCAUAGCCACGCCCCCUAGUGACAUCAUGCCACAUCCCCUCCAUUUAUGUCUAUAGAGAUGAAUAGAGGGGGGCGUGGCCGUGAGGUCACCACCAGUGCUGUACGAACCCGGCGUAUGUUUAGAACAGCAGCGGGACCCCCGCAAUCAGACAUCCUUUGGAUAGAGGAAAAAAUGUCUAGCAGCGGAGUACCCCUAUAAAUAAUUAUUUAGUUAAAGGGGUUAUCCAGGAAAAAAUAAAUAAAUAUAUAUAUAUAUAUAUAUAUAUAUAUAUCAACUGGCUCCAGAAAGUUAAGCAGAUUUG